AUGGACGAACGAAGUUAUUCCGAAUUGCCCUUGUUGGAUCCUCAGGGCCGGAGCUCCAUCCCGUCCGGUAGGAUCAAGACCAAGUCGAAAUCAUAUCUACGCUUAUCACCGUGGACGAGUUGGAAAAGGCGCUUCGUGGUCUUCCUCACCCUGGCCUUGAUAGCGUUGCUCACGAUACUCUGGUGGAUUGAUGUCGAUCGGACAGAAAGCGCUAGCCGAUUGCAAAAAUCCGACGGUCGCAAGAAACACGCGUCAAAAAAGCCGCUGGCACAAGAAAAUAUGCUCUCAAAACCCGGAGAGUCAGUUGAUCGUGGGCUUCGAUAUCUGAGCUAUCUACCUCAUUCAGGUUUUCACAAUCAACGGAUCGCACUCGAGAAUGCACUCACGUUGGCCAAAGUUCUAAACCGUACUUUAAUCAUUCCUCCUUGUAUACUCGGCACUGCAAUUCCAUGGGUCGAAUUCGACAAGCUUCUAAAUCGAUUACGCACAAUAAGUUCGAUCGGAUUUGAUGACUGCUACUCAGAAGACACAGAGCAGAUGGUCUCUCCAAGGGAAUGUUCAAGUCAACCUCAUGGAACCUUUGUUGAUUGGAAAGAAAUCAUUGACAUGGAUGAAAUCAGGAAAUCGGUCAACGUUAUUGAAAGAAAGUCGUUUGAGGAGGACUGGCUGUUCAACAUACUUGGGAUCAAAAACCCGGCCGAUAAGAUCCAGCAAAUCAAGGAAGAAAAGAUCUAUCAAUACAAAUUUCUCAUCCGUCCAGGUCGCAAGAAAGCUGGAAAGAAAGUGGUAGAGCAGAAAGUCGAGCUGGGAAAAUUCGACUCGUCUGUCGAUGUUUAUCAACACUUUGGCAACUCGGAUGCCAGUUUGAUCGAAAUUGGUUCUCUCUUUGGCACCAGUCGAUUGAAGAUUAGCAACGAUCCGCUUGCUCGACAAGCUCGCUCGGGCUUCCGUCGAGCAAUGGUCUUCAACAAUCCAGUGCUACUCAAGUUGUCGAGACGAAUAGCUUCUCAACUCUUCCAUCCUCCGAUUGGAUACUUGGGCGUCCACGUCAGAGUAGGAGAUAACCUUUUUAGAUCUCACGCAACUGAGACUGUCUCGACGAUCAUCAGCAAACUGCUCACAGAUCAUUUGAAGCUUCCCCUCAGCUCACUUCAAGAAGCAAUACUCGAGUCCGAUCUCCAAGAUCGCCGACGGCAGCCUGAACUCAUUUCCAGUGAUCGGCUUCAAAUGACAUGCCGGAGGCCAAAAUUCACAAAGCCCCAUCUUUUGAAGUUCAACCGACCAUUAUUUCUUGCGACUGAUUCACCCUUGCCGGAAGUAGAACCGGCUCUGGCUACGUUCUUCAAGGCUUUUCCAUGUACUUACCUUCUGAACGACUUUGAUCUCUUGUUGAUGAAAGAUAUCACACUUUCUCAAGAUCGCCAGGUUAGAUCGAAUCCAGAAAUCGGCAAACUAAUGGUCCCCUUUCUUGAUGCUAUGGUCGCGGCUAGAGCCACUUCCUUCGUUGGCACGCCCGGUUCAACUUUCAGCGACUUUGUCAACAAUGUGUUAUUCCAAACUUAUCAUAACUUGCCAAUCAUCGAAUUUGGAUGA